AUGAUUCAACAGAUUCAACAGGCUGUGGACAUCGCCAAUUCGUCCACGACAGAUAGCGCACUGAAAAAACAGGCGCUAGAUUUCCUGGAGGAGGCCAAGACCAGUACGACGGCAGCGCAGGUUUUUGCUUCUCUUUUGCAGGAUCCCACAAGCUCAAAAGUUAGCAAGUUUGUUGCUUUGCAAGUGCUGAGCGACUUGGUGAUUACCAGCUCCGGUGUGCAGCUUGCAUUUCUCAAAAACACCUGCAUAGACCUUUUGCGCGCCAGAGGGGUGUCAGACAGCAAACAGAACGAACCAGAGUAUGUGAGGAAUAAGGUAGCGGAAAUGGCGUCCCGGAUAUUCUACUGCAUGUAUGGCGAAUGCAAUGGCAACCUGUGGCCCAACUUUUUCGAGGAUUUGAUCCAACUGCUCAAUAUCACAGGCCUACAAACAGGCACCUCUUCCGAAUUUUCCACCUCGGGGCUUGAUUUGUUUUUAAAGAUUGCUUUGGCCAUAAAUUCGGAAAUCGCGGACCAGACUUUCGUGAGGUCGAAAGAUAUUCAAUCGAGAAAUAACGACUUGAAGGACGCCAUGAGAAUACAAGACGUGCAACUUUUGUCCUCACUUUGGUUUAACACAUUAAAGCUGUUUCAGCUGCAGCAGUUCCCGGCUCAGCUUGCCAAUCUUACACUCUCUUGCAUCGGUUCGUACAUUUCUUGGAUAGAAAUUAAUUUGAUCGUGAACCCCGAAUAUAUCAACGUUAUAUUUGACUUUCUGGAUCAGUCAAGUUCUAAAAUUGCAUGCGCACAAUGUCUGUGCGAAAUCAUCUCUAAGAAAAUGAAACCGGGGGAUAAACUUGCAUUAUUGAGCAUGCUCAAUCUCACGGAGAAAGUCGUCAGUGUUGGAAACGACGACCUUGAGGUCCAGGAACAAUUGGCAAGGCUAGUGGCUUCCGUGGGUCUCGAGUCCUCAAUAAUUCUAGACCAAUGCAAUGAUGAAAAUUCAGGACCUGAAUGCCAAGAGAUCGCAGGCGCUGCAGACAGGUUAAUAAUACAUCAAGUAUCUCCAUUGGUAUUGAAAUUCAUGGAACACGAGUAUGAUUCAGUAACUCAACAGAGUUUCCAAUUCAUUUCUCAUUAUCUGCAGUUUUUGAAAAAGUUCUUUGCAUUGGGCGGGAAACCCGGUAGCGCUGUCGCUAUGAACUCCAAAAGGCUCAUAUUAGAUCCUGAUCACGAAAGCUUCCUGGAUGCUUUAAUCAAGGUGUGCAUGAAAAAAAUGCUGAUAGACGAAACCUGUGAUGAGGAUUCGAUAGACGAAAUUGACGAGUUCAACGACACCAUCAGGUCAAAGCUUAAAAUAUUCCAGGACAGCAUAGCCAUAAUAAAUCCUGGGAUCUAUUUAAGAAAUGUUACGGAAAAUGUCGAAAGCCUCAUUACUUCAACAGAUUGGAGACAGCUGGAAUUUGCAAUUUAUCAAAUGCAUAACUUGGCAGAGAGCAUUAGAAACAAUCUUUUUGGUGUCAACAAGAAGGAUAUUUUCUCUUCAGAGCCCCAUAGCGUUAUGUGCCGAUUUAUGGCCACGCUCUUGGACAGCACCAAUAUUUUCAUGGUCCAAAACUCCCUAGUGCAGGUUUCUUUUUUUGAGCUUGUGGUGAGACAUCAUUUGUUUCUGCAAGCAUCUUCAAAAGACGAAGUCACUCUGUUAAAUAUAUUUUGCAGCGAGCUCGGAAUGUUCAGCAGUAAGGAGCGAGUCAGACUUAGAACAUGGUACUUGUUCACCCGCUUCAUCAAGGCUACAAAACCCAAGCUCUCAGCAGAACCGCUUUCACAGCUGCUUAUGAAGAUAUCUCAGCUACUGGUCAUCAAACCGGUCGAGACUUCACAACAGUCAGCAGACGUCGACGUUAUAUUUGACAACCAGCUCUACUUAUUUGAUGGUGUUGGGUUGUUGAUUGGUACUAGCCUGGAUUCAAGCUAUAAUUUACUGGAUGGCGUUUUAGUCCCUCUGUUUGCUAAUUUGGAGUCGUGCAUUUCAGCGCAGACCAAAUCCGUCAAAGUGGUCACGCAAGCACAUCAUGUGCUAAUGGCGAUUGGUACCGUAGCUCGAGGCAUUCAUUCCGGCUUGGUUCCUGAAAAUCAGGUCAAUAACACAGAGGUAACGAGCAAAUUCUUCUCAAGAGCUUUAGUUGAAAAGUUUUCAAAUGUUGCAGAGGUGAUUUUGGUUACAUUUUCGUAUUUCAACAAACAUGAAAUCAUACGUGACGCGACCAGAUUCUCGUUUGCCCGACUGAUCCCAAUUUUAAAUGAAGAGAUCCUUCCAUUUGCAAGUCGGUUAAUUGCGAUCUUUUUGUCUUCCGACCUGAAAAUAUUGGAGCUGAACGACUUCUUGGGAUUUUUAGGGCAAAUCGUUCAUACUUUUCAUAAAAGUGACGUUUGCUACCAGCUUUUGAAUAACUUGCUCACUCCGGUUAUUGAGAAAGUGUUCCAUUUGAUGGCCAAGGAAGAAGGUAACCCCGAAGCUGUUCAGAGCGGUAUGUCGGCAUCAAUUGUGACCAAAGGCUCGACAGAGAAAAACGUUGUCAUCACCGAUUCAUUUCGCGACAAGGUUCUUUUGAAGAAGGCGUAUUACACAUUUUUGCAAUCGUUCGUGACAAACCACUCUACGUCACUGUUUUUAACGGAGUCCAACAGAAACGUUUUACCUGUAAUCCUUGAAGAUCUGUUGAGUUACACUCCAGAUGAAAUAUAUGAAACGUCUUCGAUGAAGCUUGCUCUAAAUGUCCUCGUUAACUUCAUCAAGCUUUUAGGAACAGGUAUGUGUACCGACUCACAAGAUCCAAAUGCGAAUACUUUUGGCAAACUAGUCGGCUUGGGAGAGUUUUUCAUUUCAAAAGUGAUACCCCUAGUAUUUGAAAUACCCUUCAAACCAGAAUAUGGCUUCAACGUGAGAGACGCUAGCUGCAGAAUUGUGGCAUGCGAUUUAUCGAGGUCGUUGAAAGCUUUGCAUAAGAUAUAUGCUGAAACAAAUCCAAAUCCUUGUUUAAACUAUCUGGCCGAGAACUAUUUUCCUCAGGUUCAAUUUCCCCACCAGCUUUCACUAGAAUUUAUCAAUGCAUUGGUGAACAGCGACGAUAAAAGUUUCGAGAAGUAUUUUGUUAAUUUCAUCUCCAGCAUGGUAGGCUAA